AUGAAGGAUGACCGAUUAAAUUCCUUAGAGAAAAAAAAAUAUCUACGAAAUUUACAACAACGGUCAUUGAAUGUGCCUAUAAGUGGUCCUAUUUUACAAACAAAAAUUGACCAACUGGCUGAAAAAAUGAAAAUAGAAAAUUUCAAAUCCUCUGCAUCUUGGAUUCAGCGUUUCCGACAGCGGCACAACAUUGGUUUCGGCAAGAUCUCAGGUGAGUCAUCUGCAGUUAAUACUGAUAUCUGCUCUAACUGGUUGGCUAACGUUUGGCCGUCCCUUCGAGCAGGUUACUGUGAUGAUGAAAUUUAUAAUGCCGAUGAAGCGGGCCUUUUUUUCAAAUUAACUCUUGAUAAAACUCCUCGCUUCAAGGGAGAAAAAUGCUCGGGUGGAAAAUUAUCCAAAGACAGAAUAACAGUUUUAGUGGCAGCCAACAUGACCGGAAAUGAUAAAAGAAAACUCCUUGUUAUUGGAAAAUCGAAAAGUCCUAGGUGUUUUAAAGGAGUUUCAUCACUUCCCGUAUUUUAUGAAAAUAACACCAAAGCUUGGAUGACCUCAGCAAUUUUUGAAAAGACUCUUAAUUAUUGGGAUGAUGAAUUACGCCGUAAGAAAAAAAAAAUUCUACUGUUGGUGGACAACUGUCCAGCACACCCAUCAUUGCAGCAUUUGAAAUUUAUUAAACUCGUAUUUUUUGCCCGCCAACACUACUGCUGUACUUCAACCGAUGGACCAGGGCGUUAUAAGGAACAUUAA